UUUGAAUGCGAGUACGUCACUUCCUAUUGAACCCGGAAGCCGAGACGAACUGAUCACAAACACGGAGGUCCACGAACUGUCUCCUAUUUCAAUAAACUAACAUUGGCGACGGCUUGGUCCGGAAGUGUUCUUUGACCCGAGGCCGCAUGGACUCACGGAUCACCUGACGGAUGGUCAUAAAGAAAACGAAAUCGAAACGCUGCUAUGACCUAAUGGUCAUAUUUCCUAGGGCUGGUUAGUUCCAGGCUCCGACUCGUCGCCAUACGGGAGACACCGACUAGAUCAUGUCCGCGGUUCCGACCCUGCCCCUUGUGGUCAACUGCCUGCUGUCGGCGCUGGGCUGCAUGGCCACCGCCAAGCUGAUCCCUGCUUUCAGGGAGCACUUCAUCGCAGCCAGACUGUUCGGAAUGGACUUGAACAAGACCUCCAAACAGGAAGUCCCAGAGUCGCAAGGUGUCAUCAGUGGCACUGUGUUCCUCAUCAUCCUCUUCUGCUUCAUCCCUGUCCCGUUCCUCGGCUGCUUGGUCGGGGAUCAGUGCGUCUUCCCGCAUGACGAGUUUGUGCAGCUGAUCGGGGCGCUGCUCGCCAUCUGCUGCAUGAUCUUCCUGGGUUUUGCCGACGACGUGUUGAACCUGCGCUGGCGGCACAAGCUUCUGCUCCCUACUUUGGCGUCGCUGCCGCUCCUCAUGGUCUACUUUACUAACUUCGGCAACACGGUCAUCGUGGUCCCCAAACCGUUCAGGAUGCUUCUGGGACUGCACCUGGACCUGGGAAUCCUCUACUACGUCUACAUGGGCAUGCUUGCCGUCUUCUGCACCAACGCUAUCAACAUUCUGGCCGGAAUCAAUGGCAUCGAGUCGGGUCAGGCCCUCUUCAUCUCAGGCUCCAUCAUCAUCUUCAACUUGAUGGAGCUCAGCGGUGACUAUGGCGACGACCACGUCUUUUCACUGUACUUCAUGAUCCCAUUCUUCUUCACCACUCUGGCGCUCUUCUACCACAACUGGUAUCCGUCCUCUGUAUUUGUGGGGGACACCUUCUGCUACUUCGCUGGGAUGACCUUUGCCGUGGUGGGGAUCCUGGGACACUUCAGUAAAACCAUGCUGCUCUUCUUCAUCCCUCAAGUGGUCAACUUUAUCUACUCGCUACCUCAGCUGUUCCAUGUCAUCCCCUGCCCACGUCACAGACUCCCCAGGCUCGACUCCGAAACUGGAAAACUGGGGAUGAGCUAUUCGAAGUUCAAACGGAAGGAUCUGUCCAAGCUCGGCCACCUGAUCCUGAAGGUUGCUGAGCUGGCUCGGCUGCUGGAGGUCCGAGAGGACGACGGCUUCAUCCAGUGCAACAACAUGACCUUGAUCAAUCUGGUUUUGAAGGUCCUGGGUCCAACUCAUGAGAGAACGCUCACCUCUAUAAUGCUCCUUAUUCAGGUGAUCGGCAGCAUUAUGGCGUUCGGGAUCCGCUAUCACCUGGUCCGCCUCUUCUAUGACGUGUAGGUGGCUCUGCAAGAUACUGACGUGGAGGUGGUCAGGAUGCAGCGCCGGAGAUGGUUUUGUGACUGCAUUGUAGUGAUGACGCUGGAAAGAGAACCGCGGUUCUGGUCCGUUCACUGGACAUCGGAGCGUUGCCCUGGAGAAACACCUGUCUGGCCCGACACAUGACUGAAUGCGUGUUCCCGGGAAUAAAGACUAUGUGUUCUGGACACCCCGGGCCCGGUUCUGCCUCUUUCACAAAUGCACCUUCACAGGGCAGUAACACAAUAACAACACAAGA